CAGACGCCAUAUGCACGCCUUCACUGGUCGAGCCACUUUCGAGUGAGCAGACUACACCGUCGUCUCUAUCAAUAAUACAGUUUAUCACGGGGUUUGACAGUCUGAAGUCCACAUUUAAUCUCACAGUAAUCGUCCAGCACACUCGGGUGAACAUGUAGAGAUGGAUUUUAUGAAGCUGUUUGGCACUGUUAUCGCCGUUUUGUUCCACCCUGGAUCCGCUUCUAAAAUAAAUGUGGUUCCAAACAUGAGGGGUGGGACCUCCUAAGGGCCCCUGAGAUCAAUCCAAGGGGUCACCAGAUGAUUUCAGAUGAGCCAAAGGAUCUGCCGGCGUGGGACAGAGCGCCCUUGCUACAAGGUGUCCUACAUCCAGGACAGUAGGCGUAGGAUGACCUUUGAGGAUGCCAGGCAGGCCUGCAGGUUGGAUGGAGGCGAGUUGCUCAGCAUCGAAACAGAGAGCGAGCAGCGACUGAUAGAGAGAUUCAUACAACAACUGCAGGCUGGAGAUGGAGACUUCUGGAUUGGGCUCCGCCGCAGCCCAAAGAGCUUGACCACCAGCCCAGGUUGCCCCUCGCAGUACUAUUGGUUGGAUGGAAGCAAGGCCAAGUUCAGAAACUGGCACUGGGAUGAGCCAUCCUGUGGUAGUGAAAAGUGUGCAGUUCUGUACCACCAGCCCUCUGCACCACUUGAAGAAGAAGGUCAUUUCCUGUUUCGGUGGAAUGACGAAAACUGCGACUCCAAGAACAACUAUGUCUGCAAAUACCCAGAAGAAAAUGUACCAGCAUUUACUGGGGAAGGGAACACAGCACAUGCAGUUGCAACUCUGAGGCCAAACUUAUUCUCAACUACAGAAAGUGAUGAGAGGAUAAAAAUAGGACUACCUGAAUCAUCAGCAGUGUCUCUCUCAGACGACACCCUGUAUGUUUCCUACAUCCUUUACGCAGCUAUUCCUGCUGUACUGCUGCUGCUGUUUGCAGCUGCUGGGUUCUUCUGCUACAAACAACAUGCUAAGAGGAGGAAGACAGAAACGGAAAGCUAUCCUGGCAGACCCUGGAUGUCAACAACAGCUUCACCCUGCCCCGCACAAGGACCUUAUGCCUUUAGUGACAUUACCAAACUGCCUCACACUGCUCUGGACAGCAGCAUGGCAGCAGACAUCAUGACAAAAUACUCAUGCGCACCUUCCCAGGACUCCCAGUGUGACGAUUAUGAGAAUGUGUCAUGCACGGACAGGGAGAGCGGCUUCGUGACCAAUGACAUUUAUGAGACCUGCAGAGCUCAGAGCCGCCGCUCCCGCAGUCAGGCUGGUUGGGUGGAAAAUGAGAUCUAUGGAUAAAACUGUUGAUGCUUAUUGGGUCUAUGCGAGUGUUCAUCUCCCUCAUACCAGCUAAUGAAUAUGACCAAACUACACAGAGGAACACAAUGUUCUCCAUCCCCUCUCUUCGUCUACACCCUACUGGUUACUUUUGUGUACAGGAUGACUUAACACGUGGCUGUGACGGACGGCUGAGUGUAUCCUCAGUGUUGCAACCUGAGCAUUCAGCAUGCAAUGAUGCUUAUAGCAGGGUUUCCCAAAUUUUGGUCAACUGUGACCCCAUAUUUAGGUCCCAAAAUUCUCAAAAACGCCACCAACAGUGUUCUUAAGAUGUUGUGUGGAUCUGGGCACAGCAUUAGAUGGAUUAUAUAAAAAUGAUAAUAUAUUUCAAAUCUAUUUAAUACAUUUUAUUAUUAAACAAGAAUAUGGUGGAAUGUUUAUGAUGUUAUCCAUUUUAGUUUAGUGCAUUAGCAUGCUAAUUUGCUAAUUAUCACUAAAUAUUAUAGUUGAGUCCAAUGGGAGUGUCAUUUUAUUUUGCAGGUAUUUGGUCACACACUAAAGUUCCAGACAAAUCACAGUUUUGACCUGUUGAUGGCGCUAAAUGAAAAGUUGAGGAACCAAAGUUAAUACAAUAUAUCCCAAGGGGACCAUGAAGGUCUGUACAGCAAUCCAUCCAACAGAUAACAAAAUAUUUCGCUAAAACCUCAAAAUGUCAACCUCAUGGUGGUGUUAGAGGAAAAGUCAGAGGAUCAUCAAAGUAAGGAGGAUUUAUCUGGAGACCAUGAAUAUCUGUACAAAAUUUCAACUCAUCAAAUAGUUAUUGAGAAAGUGGUGGACGGAUCAACAUUGCAUCCAAUACAUCAAACAAUGUCAGUUUAAGGAAUCCCCUCACCCUGUCUGCAAGUGACCUUGCAUCAGGUCCUGACCCCAAGGUUAAUAAAAUCUGGCUUAAAGAAAGAAAAACAUGUUUUUAUUCUUUUCUACUUGAUUCCAAUGCUUUCUAUUGUUCAGUUUUAACCAUCACUUCUUACAAAUUCUGUAACUUCACAGCAGCACUAUGGUUUCGGUUGCAAAGAGGUAGUAAUGGACUCAGAUAUGCAUUAAUAAACCAGGUCAGUUUGGCAGUGCAGCAGUGCUGCUAUAUUUGGCAGCACAUUUAACCCUGGAUACAAGCGCAACUUUUGAGGACUCACGCAAGGUUACUCAUCUUGUAAACAAUACAAAUUUAAACUACUCAGCUGUUUUCCAGUCACGUCACCAUAUCUUAUGAGACACAAGGACAAAAAGAUCCUGUUGGAUCUCUGUAUAUUCCGGGACUAUUGUGACCUUUUCUCUAAACCUGAAGAGCGGUGUCAGCCCUGUGUAAGGCUUCCUGUUUGGACUCUGAUGUCAGGGAACAGGACAGUACAUGCGAAAACACUGAUGACAGAACAGCGGUGACCCCAGUAAACCUCAAAGCUGUGGGCUUUCCUGACUCCACCUGACUGUGUGAGAAACUGAACACUCCCACUAACUGACAGUGCACAGACUUUUUUUUAUUUUUUUUUUUUUUAGAAGGGACCAGUUUUGGAUGUGUCAUGGAUUCAUUCAUCAGUGUUUGCUUGUAAAAGCAGUCUUGUAAAUUUGUAAAAUGAUCUCUGAUGUACAUUGCUGAAUUCAAAUACAUGCAUUUUUUGUGAAUAUGUAGUGAGUGGGCUGUUGGGUUGGUGUCGUGGAAAGAUGUAGCAAGCCCAGUAAGGAGAGGCUGAGUAUGUUCUUGGAGAAUGUUAGACAGGAAAUGCCAAAAGCACAUCUGGAACUCUUACAUUCAGGAAGUCUAUGCGUGACAGCCGAGGCCUUCAGAGCAGUGCUCCGCCUGCCUGCUUAGCAAUCCACUGUUCUGUGUUAGACUGUCACUGCAGAAGCCGUAGAGAACAACUGCUGGGUGUGAAUGUGUGCUGUAUUUCAAACAGACAUGAAUUUCGGAUGUCAAAUAAAGUUUCGUUGCAA